GGGUAGAGUAUACAUCACAAUAUAUAUAUAUAUAUAUAUCAGUUGAUGGAUUAUCUUUUUCUUUUGAUAUAAAUUUUAGUUUUUGGUUAAGGUUGUUACUGAUUUUUGGGUUUUGAUCUCCGAUUAUCUCCUUUCUUCCACAUCUCCUUUUUGGGAAUCCAUCACAUAUCAUGAAAACCUCAUCAUUGGCAAGCCUGAUGGCUUUGAACACCAUCACGCAUGCACAGACAGAUACGAUUUCAAUGCCGAUUCGUCUCUUAUAUGGACCAUUGAGUAAAGUCACGACACCGGUUUUUGUGGGAAGUGGCAAUGAAGAGAUUGGGCAGAGUAUCGAGGUGGUGGUUGAUUAUGGGAGUGAGGAUUUUUGGGUCUUCGCCCCAAACGCAACCGUAAACUACGGUUCCCAAUACCUCGGGUUCACCGGUGCGUGCAACACCAGUCCUGCAUACUACUACCAUCCCGACAACGUCACCCUCUCCAGCUUCACCGAAUCCUAUUCCUACGGUGGGAAUUCCAAAAUCCUCGAGGCCACCCACUCCGUAAACGAUACGCUGUAUUUCUCGUCCAGCCCCGCCAUUCCCAACGUCGAAAUCGCGCUCAUCUCUUCCGGCAUCGUGCGUCAGUAUGUUGCCGACGGCGAGCCCUGCCCCACGCUCUCCUACGACUACGGGAUCAUGGGUCUAUGUCCCUCAACCCCCUACGACAACGGCCCCAAUCUCAAAACCAAUCUCCUCAACCAGGGCCGCAUUUCUGCAUCCGUGGCGUCGAUGUAUUUCUCCCCUCCGCCAGCCGAUGCAUCCGUCACCACCAACUUCACCGGCACCCUCCUCCUGGGCGCGCUCCCCCCCGCGGACUCCUACUCCGGGGAACUCAUCCCCGUGCCCAUCACGACACCGGCAGGUGGAAGCGGAUACUACAUUUCCCAACCCAUCAUCUCGCACGCGAACACCUCCAUCCCCACCGAUUACCCCACCGAAACAUGUCUCGUCGAUUCCGGCUCCCUGGCUCUCACGCUCCCGUACACAUACAACAGCACCUCGUUUUUCACCAGCACCGGCUUCCAGGACUACGAAAACGUCAUCGUGUAUCCAUCGAACUGCGAAGACAUACCCCGCGAUCUCACGCUCGAUUUUGAGUUUGCCGGGAAGGGAAAUGCAUCGGUGAGCGUGCGCGUGCCGUAUUGGUAUUUGGCGCGGGGAUCCUCGGGUCCUGGGGGCGUCACCCCCGAGGGAAUGUGUGUGAUGAGUGUAGAGACCGGGAAUGGCUGUACGUUUGGGGCGCCGUGGUUUUUGGGCGCGAGCGUCGCCGCGGAUGAUGGGGAGGGGGUGGUGUGGAUUGCGCAGGGGGUUUUGUAGUGGGAUGGUGAGUUGGUGUGGGUAUGCAAACGAUGCUCAGGGAAUGAGAGGCGAGGGGUGUGAUGGAGAGAAGAAGAAGACAUAAAGUAGAGAGCAGAUGGAUGGGAAAUCCUCUCGGAAUAUGAAUGCAGGCCUUUAAUUUGAAACUAAUAGAUGUUGCUAGGUACUCUUCAUUUGUAUGUACAUGUAUAUGAUCUUCCUUGAUUCAUGUAUAAUAAAAUAAGGCUUCACUGGGUCCUUCGGGGGUUUUAGAUCAGAGGGCGGUGGAGGUAGAAGUAGAUUGCUUAGAAAGAGAAUAAAAUACAUUUCAUAUCCUUUACACGAUUGUAUCUCGAGCGUAGCGAGCUAAAGGGGGUUUGGGGGCUUGCCCCCAUAAUCUCCAUGCAGAUUAAAUCUG